AUGGAUAAAAGUUGGAUGAAACUUAGGAAUAAGUUUAGUUCUGAAUAUAUUCAAGGAGUUCGUAACUUUUUGGAUGUUGCAAAAGUUCAAGUCGAUUGUAAUGGAAGAAUUCGAUGUCCUUGCAAACGGUGUAAUAAUUGUUACUUUAAAUCAGUAACAGAUGUUCGACGAGACCUGUUUCAAAAUGGUAUUCUUGAAGAUUAUACUACAUGGGUACACCAUGGUGAGAGUUCUCAGGUUGAUAAUAGUAAUGAUGACAUUCGUAAUCAAGUAGAAGACCAACAUGAUGAAAUUUCAGAAAUGUUAAUUGACAUGCAAAAUUCAGCUUUUAUAGAAACUAAUAUGGCUGGGAACAAAACCAGCCAUAAUACAAGUGUGCCUGAAAAGGAAGUGGAAAAAUUUGCAAAGUUGUUUAAUGAUGCAGAAUGCAAGUUAUAUCCAAGCAGUAAGAAAUAUUCAAAGUUGUCAUUCCUUUUCAAGAUGAUGUACAACAAAAUAAUUACUAACUCUAGCAUCAAGUCUUUUAGUCUAAACUUAGAAUUGUUCAAAGAUGCUCUUCCAGAAGGGGAAACACUUCCUAAUUCUUACUAUGAGGUGAAAAAAUUAAUGUGCGACCUCGGUCUUGGUUAUAUCACCAUAAAUGCAUGUGUGAAUGAUUGCAUACUAUAUUGGAAAGAGCAUGAAAAUCUCGACAAAUGUCCAAGUCCUAAUUGUGGAGCCUCUAGGUGGAAACUCAAUUUGGGUAAAAGAAGAAAAAUUGCACAAAAGAUACUAAGAUAUUUUCCAUUAAAACCUAGACUUCAACGAUUAUUUAUGUCUAAAGAAAGCUCUAGAGAUAUGAGGUAG